AGCUCAGAGGGAGACAGUGAGAGGUAGAGAGGCAAUGAGAUAGACGUUGAACGUUGACAGUCAACCGCAGGAACCAAUCAGAGAGAGCGUUCAGCGUGCUAUACCGCCGUGGGGGCUGCGAAGGGAGGUGCGAGUUGGAGAAAAAAGCAAAUAGUUGAGUGAACUGCAUCAGUAGAGAGUGGAGUGGAGGAGGUAACAGUAAGAGAGGAUCUUUCCAAACGGACACGGAGAGCUAGAAAGACAAGGAGAUGCGUCUACGUUUCUUUUCUAACUAGGGACCAUCACUGAAAAUGUACAUUUUAUGUGUCUUAUAUGGAUUAUAAUAUUUUUUCCAACUUCUGUCCAGACUGGUUUCAUCAGUUCUGUGGCGCUGCGAUUUAUUGGGAUGUGCUCUUCGCCGGUACGCAUCUGAAAAGCAAGGAAACAGAGCUAAAACAGAGAGAAAACUCGUUAAAACAUUAGAAAAAUUAAAAUCCCUGACUUUUAAAUGGGACCCAUGUGUCCGGACGAAUUAAACGUCUUUGGAGACUUUUGCGUAUUUUGGAGACAUUUCCGUUUGAAGUGAGAUGGGUGAAGAGAAUUGACAUUUGGUUUAUCAACACAGGAUAAAGCUUACUGUUACUGAUUUAUUUUUAUUUUAUUUUAUUUUAUUUUGUACUUAAGUUUACUUGUUUCUCCGGAAAUGAUUGUGCUUCUGAUUAUGCUGUGCAUCACGGAUGGAGUGCACUCCCAGAUACGCUACUCUGUCCCGGAGGAGGCAGAUCACGGCACCUUGGUGGGAAAUAUCGCCGAAGACCUGGGACUGGACCUUACCAAGCUGGCCUCCCGCCGCUUCCAAGUGGUGCCCAGCUCUCGGACACCGUAUCUGGAGGUGAACCUUGAGAACGGCGUCCUGUUCGUUAACGAGAAAAUCGACCGGGAGCAGAUCUGCAAGCAGAGCGCCAGUUGCCAACUCAACAUGGAGGUGUUUUUGGAGAACCCACUGGAGCUAUUUCGAGUUGAAAUCGAGGUGGUGGACAUUAACGACAAUCCACCCAGCUUCCCGGAGACGGAUAUCACGGUAGAGAUCUCAGAAAGCGCCACUCCAGGCACCCGUUUUCCCUUGGAGAGUGCGUUCGACCCGGACGUGGGCUCUAACGCUUUACGCACGUAUGAUAUAACCACUAACAGCUACUUUUACCUCGAUGUGCAGACUCAAACUGAUGGAAACAAAUUCGCUGAGCUUGUCCUAGAGAAAGCGUUGGACCGGGAGCAGCAGGCAGCUCACAGAUACGUACUAACCGCUGUGGAUGGGGGUCAGCCUCCUCGGACUGGCACCGCGCUACUGGUGGUUAAAGUGUUGGACUCUAACGAUAACGUGCCGGUGUUUAACCAGCCCGUCUACACAGUCAGUCUUUCGGAGAACGCACCGGUGGGUACGCAGGUUAUCCAACUGAACGCUACUGACAUGGAUGAAGGACUAAACGGGGAGAUAGUUUAUUCUUUCAGUAACCACAUCUCUAACCGCAUAAAGGAAAUGUUCGGCAUAGAUCCGCGCACUGGGCGCAUUGAGGUGCGCGGAGAGGUGGAUUUCGAGGAGAGCGGCUCCUAUCAAAUCUUCGUACAGGCUAAAGAUCUGGGACCAAAUGCCGUUCCUGCGCACUGCAAAGUGCUAGUCAAAGUCACCGACGUGAACGACAAUGCACCGGAGAUCACCUUCAGCACUGUUACUGAGUCGGUGAGCGAAAAAGCCGCUCCUGGUACCGUCAUCGCGCUGUUAAGUGUGACUGACCGGGACGCAGAGGAGAACGGACAAAUCCACGUGGAAAUCCUCGGCGAUGUCCCGUUUAAAUUAAAAUCCUCUUUUAGGAAUUAUUUCACCAUUGUGACUGAUGGGCCGUUGAACCGGGAGCAGGCAAACUCCUAUUCAGUCUCAGUUGUGGCGCGAGAUAAAGGGACACCUUCACUCGCCACCAGUAAGUCCAUCCGAGUCCAGGUGUCAGAUGAGAACGACAACUCACCUACGUUUACGCAACCCAUAUAUGACGUGUAUGUGACAGAAAAUAACGUUCCAGGAGCAUACAUACAUGCUGUGACGGCUCUUGACUCGGACAUCGGGCAGAACGCGCUCAUCAGUUACUCCAUAUUAGAGUGUGACAUCCAGGGCAUGUCAGUAAAAACCUAUGUGUCAAUCAAUGAGGAGACGGGCUAUCUUUAUGCGCUCAGGUCCUUUGAUUAUGAGCAGUUGAAGGAAUUUACAUUUAUGGUCCAGGCCAAAGAUGCAGGCUCCCCAGAGCUCUCCUCCAACACCACUGUCAAAGUCAUCAUUGUGGAUCAGAAUGACAAUGCCCCCCUAGUGCUAGCUCCCCUGGGAAAGAAUGGCACAGCCAAGGAGCUCCUGCCCCGCUCAGCUGAGCCAGGCUACCUCAUAACCCGCAUAGUAGCCAUGGAUGCGGAUGACGGUGAGAAUGCUCGCUUGUCCUACAGCAUCCAGAGGGGGAAUGAGAAUGGCAUGUUUAGGAUGGACUGGAGGACAGGUGAACUCCGGACAGCUAGGCGGGUGUCAGCAAAGCGAGACACCCAUCAGAAGUACGAUCUGCUAAUUGAAGUGAGGGACCAUGGCCAGCCACCUCUGUCCUCCAGUUCCAGUGUGCUGGUGAUGCUGGUGGAUAGUGUGGCUGAAGGUCACAGUGGCAGAGACAGAGGAGGCACCAGCAAAGCCAAAGAGGGCACCCUGGACCUCACCCUCAUCCUUAUCAUCGCCCUAGGCUCUGUGUCUUUCAUCUUCCUCCUGGUCAUGAUCGUGCUGGCUGUGCGCUGUCAGAAGGACAAAAAGCUUAACAUUUACACCUGCCUGACCAGUGAUUGCUGUCUUAGUUGCAGCUCCUGCUGCUCAAGGCAGGGAAGGGCCCGCAAGAAAAAGCUCAGCAAAUCGGACAUCAUGCUAGUGCAAAGUGCUGUUAACGUCAGUGGGACUGGUACGACUCAAGUCCCCGUGGAGGAGUCUGGGAGCUUCGGCUCCCACCACCAAAAUCAAAACUAUUGUUACCAGGUAUGUCUCACUCCAGAGUCUGCCAAAACAGACCUCAUGUUCCUUAAGCCGUGUAGUCCUUCUAGGAGCACAGACACCGAUCACAACCCGUGCGGGGCCAUAGUGACAGGGUACACAGACCAGCAGCCUGACAUCAUAUCAAACGGCAGCAUUUUAUCAAACGAGACCAAACACCAGAGAGCUGAACUCAGCUACCUGGUUGACAGGCCGAGACGUGUCAACAGUUCGGCCUUCCAGGAGGCAGACCUGGUCAGCUCUAAAGACAGCGGCCAUGGAGACAGCGAGCAGGGAGACAGUGACCACGAUGCCACCAACAGAGGCCAUUCCUCCGGGGCUGAUCUGUUCUCUAACUGCACAGAGGAGUGUAAGGCCCUGGGCCACUCUGAUCGCUGCUGGAUGCCGAGCUUUGUGCCCUCUGAUGGGCGUCAGGGUCCAGACUACCGCAGCAACCUCCACGUGCCUGGCAUGGACUCAGUCCCAGACACAGAGCGAGGAAAGGGGUUUGCUAGCUCCUUUCGCGUGGACAUACCAGAGACAGCGUGAUUUUGCACAGUCGCUUCCUGGCAACCAAGGCUGUAAAAAAGGCGUCAAGAUUUUGUUCUCUCCUGCCCUCACCUCUUCUGGCCCAGCAAAAAAAUAAAUAAAUAAAUAAAAUGAAAAUAAAAACAAACACAACGACACAGAGAAGGAGGAACAACCAGCUUAAAGAAUUAAAAGGUCCCUUCUUCUUUCUGGAACUGCUUGCAGCACUGCCAUGUUUUUGAGGCACAUCAAUCUUUGGAUUAAGAGGCCGGACAUGGAGGAGGUAGGAAUAUUUGGGUAGAUAGACAGCCUUACUGGGAAAACCUGAUUGUCUCAGCAGGACUGAGAAACUAACGGAGGAGGAAAGGCGUACGUUGGAGAGAUACACCUGGGCUGAUCUCUCUGUCCUUUUACAAUCUGUGUGUGCCUGUUUACACCACUGAUGUAUACAUCUUUGAGGGAAAUACAACCAGACAAGAACUACAUUCAAGCAACGAAAGGCAAGUCGAAAUGAGAGCCACCCACAGAAACCGCCACUUAGCCCUUUAGGCGUUUGUACUCACAGAGUUACGCCAAAUUGUACAGGAAAAUCUGUGUGCAUUUCAAAAUGCAAUAUAACUCUUUUAGAUCUUUCUAUUCUGUUUGUGUGGUCAGGUAGGUGGAAAGGACUUUUUUCUUUAAAAUUCUGCAUUCAUUUCACACCAAGUACUUUCAAUAAUGUGUGAGAAUUGUUUACUGUACUCUUUUAAAAAGUUUCAAGAUGAAUAUAAAACUAUAUAAAUCUGUCUAUAUCUACUUGUUCUGAAGGUGUGCGGUUUGUUUGCAGAGUUUCACAUUAUGAUCCAGAGGUUUGAUUAUUGUUUAAGCGCCCCGGACGAUGGCUUGUUUGUCCCAGUGGAAGACAAAGAAAGACAGAAGAUCCUUUGAAAAUGUAGAAAUGAAGUUCUCAUUGUUUGACUUUCUUUCAUUGUUUUCUACCAGUUUUGGCUAUAGAUAAACAUUAUGUCUGUAAGUGAAAAGGAGGGCAUAUUUUAGACUGAAAUUAGUGGCAAUUAUGUGUCACUGUAACCAAAACUUUAAGGAUCCAUUUAAGAAACUGAAGAAAGCAGGAUUAAAUGCAAAUAGUGUUGUACACAAUGGCAAAGAAAUUCAGUAUACACACAUUUCUUUCUCACACGUUACAAACACAAACACAAGAAUAUGCCAACAAUAAACUGAAAAAUUGUGAAAAAAGAAGGUGUUGUCUGCUUUUAUUUUAACGUACAUUCUGUCCUGGUCGUACAAAGCCAGGUUUGAGGAGGCCUGAUUUGUUGGUAUUUUCUUUACGUCUCCCUAGUUAAUCCUGUGUGACAAUGACAACAGGAUCUUCCUCAUUCCAUUCAUUAAAACAAUUAACAAACAUUAACUAAUAAUAUUAGUUAGAGCAAGGGUUAAAGCACUGCUAAGAGUCACUGGCUCCAUUAUUCCACUUUGGGAGCGCUGGCCCUUUGGGCAAUAGACAAGAAGGUCAAAUGCAAAGAUGAAUAAAACAAACUUAUCAAUAUACUGUGUUACCUGAAGCUGAGUAUAUUGAAGUCCUUUACCUGUGUUUUCAGGCUGGUUUACGUACAAAAUAUACAAGCUUGUGUUUAUGGAUUAAAACAAACGUGGUGGGUGCUGUAUGCUAACAUAUUUAAGUGAAUGUUCUGUAUUAAAAUGUAAAAAUAUUCAGUGAGUGAGACACUCUCCAGACCCAGUAUUGUCCUGAGUGAGCUGAUCAAAAGCGACCAGCUUAAAAUUCAACUCACAUCGUCAUUCAACAAUCUCUGUUUUAAAUGGUUACCAGAACAGAGUGUGUCUGUACUGUGUCUGUUCAGUAGUGUACAGAACGUUUACAUUUAUUUUGUUUUUAUAGGUGUUGGCAGGCAAAAUCAAGUCUAAACAAGAACCAAUAAAUAAAUGCAAUUAUCGUAUA